AUCUUUCCCAAGUUAGCAACAUUUUAGAGUUGCAGAACAAGAACUACAAUUAUACAUUCAGGCAAAGCAUGGAUUCUCUUAUUCAAGCUUUGGACCCUAUAACCAUGGCGUGCUUGUUCAUGGUUCCUUUACUUUUGUUGUUAGGUUUUGUGUUUCGUCGUCGUAAAUUACCCUAUCCACCGGGACCUAGAGGCUUACCGAUAAUCGGUAACAUGCUGAUGAUGGACCAGUUGACUCACCGUGGCCUGGCGAAACUGGCUAAGCAAUUCGGUGGUUUGUUUUAUAUGCGUAUGGGGUACUUGCACAUGAUGGCUGUUUCAAAUCCUGAGAUGGCUCGCCAAGUUCUUCAAGCUCAAGACAACAUUUUCUCCAAUCGACCUGCCACCAUAGCUAUCAGUUAUCUAACUUAUGAUAGAGCUGAUAUGGCUUUUGCUCACUACGGCCCCUUUUGGAGGCAGAUGCGCAAGCUCUGUGUGAUAAAGCUUUUUAGCCGGAAAAGGGCUGAGUCAUGGGAAUCAGUGAGAGAUGAAGUUGAAACUCUUGUAAGAUCCAUAGCCCAACAAAAUGGAAAACCUGUGAACGUUGGGGAGAUGAUUUUUUCACUCACCAGCAACAUCAUUUAUCGGGCGGCUUUUGGGUUGAGUUCGCAUGAUGGCCAAGAUGAAUUUAUUCGUAUUUUGCAAGAGUUCUCCAGGUUGUUUGGUGCUUUUAACAUUGCAGAUUUCAUUCCUUCGCUGGGAUGGCUUGACCCACAAGGUCUCAAUAACAGGCUCGUCAAGGCCCGUCAAUCUCUUGACAAGUUCAUCGACAAUAUCAUGGACGACCACAUGCAGAAGAAGGCAAAAAACGAUGAAGGUGAGACCGAUAUGGUGGACGAUUUACUUGCCUUUUACAGUGAAGAAGCAAAAGUAAAUGAAUCAGAAGAUCUACAAAAUGCUAUCAAACUCACCAGAGAUAACAUCAAAGCCAUUAUCAUGGAUGUGAUGUUUGGUGGGACAGAAACGGUGGCGUCGGCAAUCGAAUGGGCCAUGACGGAGCUAAUGAAGAACCCGGAAGACCUAAAACGAGUCCAGCAAGAGCUCGCUGAUGUUGUUGGUUUAGACCGCCGAGUUGAAGAGUCAGACACUGAAAAAUUACCCUUUCUGAAAUGUGCACUUAAAGAAACUUUAAGACUUCACCCACCAAUCCCACUCCUCCUCCAUGAGACAGCCGAGGACGCGGAGGUUGCCGGUUACCGUAUUCCGGCGAGGUCACGUGUGAUGAUCAACGCUUGGGCUAUAGGUAGGGAUCCAGGUUCUUGGGAGGAUCCUGAAAGUUUUAGACCAUCAAGGUUCUUGAAAGAAGGCAUGCCUGAUUUUAAAGGAGGUAACUUUGAGUUUAUACCAUUCGGGUCGGGUCGGAGAUCAUGUCCGGGUAUGCAACUUGGGUUGUAUGCACUUGAUUUAGCUGUGGCUAAUUUGCUUCAUUGCUUUAAGUGGGAAUUACCUGAUGGAAUGAAACCGAGUGAACUUGACAUGAGUGAUGUGUUUGGCCUCACUGCACCCAAAGCCACUCGACUCAUUGCUGUACCCCAUAAGCGCCUGAUUUGUCCUCUUUAAAACCCAGAAGGACGACUAAUGGUCGUCAGGUGAAAUGGGGAGAAGUUUUAUACAUGAUAUAUACUUGGGCCAGUGAAAUGGUGACUGCUGAAUUGUGUUUUAUCGGAUUUUUGUUCAUUUUACCUACGUAUAUAUAUUUUGGGAAAAACAAAGAAAUAAACAGAAAAGAGACUGAUAAAUGUGGGAGUCCAAUUUGGAUUCUCUUUACUGCUCUUUACUUUCAUAUAUGGAGGCUCUUGUAUUAUCAUUUUGUCUUUUUACUUGUGGAUGACACUCAAAUAAUAAUGUUGGUUUUAUUCUCCACUUGUUAAA